AACAAACAACAUGAAUAAACAACAGUUAAAUUUAAUAUAACGGGCUAUUAUUUUGUUUUUAUGCGUGGUCAUUUGCAAAUGUUAUUGUUAUAAAAUAGCUGAACAAGCCCGUCUGUAAGUCUCACGCGCUGCUGUGGUUCAUGCACUCGGAGCUUGUUUAUUUUCAUGCCUCCAUAAAAGCAAAACUAAUUAAUGCGAAUAAUAAUAAUUUUAAACCUGUCAAGUGCAUCAGUGUUACCGUUCCAAAUUCGUUCGUCGCGUAAGUUACUCUGUUGACUGGCCAGUGAACCGCUGGCUGCUCUGUUGUGCUGUCUAUGAGCAGAAACACCGCGAAAAUAUGAACGUGCACAGUGCAGUUCAUUCAUUUACCUUCAAACACCUACAUCGCAACCUUAGACUACUUAAAAGCGAAAACGGGUUUCUUUUUUGAUAACACGGACAGCCAGAAACGGACAUAAAACUACUUCUCUGAUAGUAGCAUUUAAAAUACAUCCAUGAUGAGUUAUUCAGAAAAGCCCGAGGAUAUUACAAAGGAGGAAUGGAUGGAUAAACUGAAUAAUGUGCACAUUCAGAGGGCAGAUAUGAACAGGCUCAUCAUGAACUAUCUAGUAACAGAGGGAUUUAAAGAGGCUGCAGAGAAGUUUCGUAUGGAAUCUGGGAUUGAGCCGAAUGUGGAUCUAGACUCUCUGGAUGAGAGGAUAAAGAUCAGGGAAAUGGUUUUGAAAGGUCAGAUCCAGGAAGCCAUUGCACUCAUUAACAGCCUCCACCCAGAGCUCCUUGACACCAAUCGAUACCUCUACUUUCACCUUCAGCAGCAGCAUCUGAUUGAGCUCAUCCGUCUGCGGGAGACUGAGGCGGCUCUGGAGUUUGCGCAGUCACAGCUGGCCGAACAGGGAGAGGAGAGCAGAGAAUGCCUUACUGAGAUGGAGCGAACCUUGGCACUGCUCGCCUUCGACAACCCUGAAGAAUCGCCGUUUGGAGACCUGCUCAACAUGAUGCAGAGGCAGAAGGUGUGGAGCGAGGUGAACCAGGCUGUUCUAGACUAUGAGAACAGGGAAUCUACUCCAAAGUUAGCAAAGCUGCUGAAGCUUUUACUGUGGGCUCAGAACGAACUGGACCAGAAAAAAGUGAAAUACUCCAGAAUGACAGACCUCAGCAAGGGCACCAUUGAGGACCCCAAGUAGAGACUGUAAUCCACAUGGACACAUUUGAUUUUUUUUUUUGGUCUUAUUUAUGAACAGUCAGUGACUGGAUGGCAAAUAUAAAUCUAUAUAUAAUAUUUUUUUUUCCCUUGAUGCCUCUAUAAAAAGUAACUUAAGCAACAGUAUAUGAUUUUAUUUCAAACAAAAUUAUACUGAUUGAAAACUGUAAACCUAAAUUUUUAUUGUAAUCUACCAUUUACUAUGCUGGUAGCCUAUUUUCUGAAGAACAUGGAAUAUUCCUAUGGUACUGUUUGUGCUCAUUUUCAGUCUGUCAUAUCUUAUGGUUUUUGUGAUUUUUAAUUUUAUUUAAUUUUAUAUAUUUUUUCAACUGCUUCACUGGUUUCACAUACACAUACAGUAAUAUGUCCUCAUGCUUAUAUUAGGCUGUUUUUUAGGGAAAUAUUAGCUCCUGGAUUGAAAGAAAAAGACUGAUAUAACCAUCUUGAUCAUGGAUCCAACAACUUCAUAUUUUAUUAAUGAGAAGCUACAGAUGCUGAUAAUGUCCCAUAAACAGUGUUGCGUUUUAGACCUUCAUUGUAUAAGCCAUUUUAAUUACAAAAUAACAAACAUUGUCCUUACAGACUUAAAGCCUUAUGUUUAUGAUUUUUGUCUUUCAUUUUUGUUCACAUUUUGUACUGCUUGUUUGGGAUAAAGUUGAUUUCACAGUA